ACACACACACACACACACACACACAGCUCCUAACCGCUUUGUCUCAUGCACCCUGACGUCCACUGAUUUGAAAUCUUUUGUGUUGGUAUUGCUGUGGUGUCCUAGUGUCUGUAAUGCUUAGAUUAGCCAAGUCCCAGUAUACCUUGUAUAAAACAAUAAAUCAUGUAUCAUACAGUACCGGUACCCUUUAGGCACAUUACAAUGCAAAAUAAGCCUCAAGAUGUAACUCGGAUUGUGCUAGAUUUUUACCAGGCAUCUCUUCUUUGCCAGCUUUAAAAUUCCCACCUGUGCUAGGUCACUCUGUAAUUACAGGUGUAAGCCAGGAGAGUCUGAAAGGCUGCCAGAUCUCAGUGCACAGUCACCUGUGAAUAGAGCCCAUCCCAUGACCCUUCAUUGUCUCCGCAGUUUCGAUGAUCUGAAGCUGAUGUCGUAUGAGGUCAAGUGUUGCAAAUGUUGGAUACCACUUGAAACGAAUGGUGUAGUACAAACUCUGCACCGAGUGUCAAAAACCUUUUUGUAGGAGAAAAUGUUGAGAAAUCGGAAAGGAUUGUCGUGUAUGACCAGUCAUGUUGUCCAAAUUACUCAAACAAAUGCAUUUGAAUGUGUUUAUCGUGAACGGCUAAGCAGAGGAGCAUCAUUGGUUUGUUUACUUGGUUCGGUGUUCCAGUGAGCAGAAAUCUCACUGGAACAUUGAAUGUGUUUUGACAGAUUAUCUUUACCUGCUCAAACUAAAGCUCCCAUUUUAAGGUUGUGGAUUUUCCCAUCUCUAAUCAUAGUUGUAAAGCUAUCAGCAGUACAUAGUGUUUGUAACUGGACAGGUGCAGUUGGCUAUUAUCUGCCAUCCUGAAAUGCAAAUACUGUCCUGCAGGAAGCAGGUGCAGCAGAUAUAGAUCCAUUCACAUAUUGCCUGAUUGGUUUUAAUGGCUGACUGUUUUCUGUCAUGUGAUCUGUUGACAGUCAUUUUAAUGCAGCAGUCCGGUGCAGAAGCCUAUAUAGAGCCAAAGCACGUGGAAAGAACAUGUUAAAUUCCUGUAAAAAUCCAAAUUACUCAAUGGCAAUACUGGGCAUCGGCUUUGGCAGAGGUGUGCGGUCUGAGUGCCUAGUGAGAAUUGAACUGUUGCUGGCCAAUAUUUAGCUAAUUUGUUUGUCUUUUAUAAUGUUUACCUUUGGGUAUUACUAAUAUAUCAAUCACUUGGGUCACUUCUUCUAGGCAGAAAUAGCCAAUUAAGCUCUCAACGUUUAGGUUUUCUCACAUGACAGUGAAAUACAUGUUGGAUUUGUGCUGGGAGUGGAAUAAAACGAUAGAUUAAAGGAAGCAAGGCAAAUUGUCACGGGCCAGCUUUUGCACUUUCUGAUAUUUUAAAAUAUUAGAAUAACCUAAAAAUAGCCAGAUCAUUCACAGCGCUAAUAUUUAAUAAACAGAUAUUUUGUUACGUUUAAUUUAAAAUUAAAAAUAAAAUAAAAAUCCCCAUUUUUAGUGAUGAGAAGUGAGCGGUGUAGUGAGAGGACUUUGACUUUCCAUCAGUGCGUAAUAAAUGUAAUCUUCAGUAUAAUUUGACGCAGAGGAUGGCUCCUGUGUGUUUUUGGAGCUUGCAACAAGUGUGUGUGCGUUUGGCGGGGGGUUCCGCCUUUGAUGCGACGAGUGAAGACAAGUCCGUAUCCCACCUGGUCUCUGUGUGUGUGCUGCAUGUCGCCUGCUACGCAUAUGUCCCCGGGUGCUCCGCUCGCGGAGGGAUGCGCUGCGCACAGUGUUGAAUGCUGGACUGCACCAUUCCUGUCGUCUCCAGCGGGGAGGCUGUAAUCCGAUCCCGUUCGUAGGAGCCGUCGUGCAGCCUGCGAAGAGGAAGAGGGCACUGCUCUGUGCUCUGACGCUUCUCUUCCUGCACUCCUCCCCCUUUCUGCCGAGUAUCACCCUCUUUCUCCCCCUCAUCUGUUCACUCCCUGCUCGGCGGCGCACAAGCCUCCGGAAUCGUCGCAGUGCAUUGUUCACCCAUCGACCUAGCCCCUUCAAGUCGACGUGAUACGACGGAGCUUUCCCCCCUCUUUCUUUCUUCUACUUCUUCUUUUUUUUCUUUUCCCCUGCUAAUGUCUUUACCGGUGGAAUCUACUGCAUGCACGCCAGUCCGGUGACGUGCCCGAGCAUGUUCACAUCAGAGCCAGCGUCGGAUUUACCUGAGAGUACACUGCCCUCACACUGUCAGAGCGAUCUCGCCGCCGCACACGCAGAUUUGGACUUCACCGAUUGUCACUGAGAAGCAAAGAAAAAAGGGGGGAAACACACCGGAUUACAAGGAUGGGGUUCUACGGCACUUUAAAGAUGAUUUUCUACAAAAUGAAGAGAAAGUUGGACCAUGGUCCCGAGGUCCGAUCUUUCCCUUCAGGAAAAAAGCCCUGCAAAGGUCCAGAGUAUCCGAGCCCGACGGGAAUUGUCCCAUGUCCGGCCACACCCACCACAUUUGGCCACAUCAGAACAGCCAAUGGUCAGGGGCAACAGAGACGACGUAUCACCUCAAUCCAGCCACCCACGGGUCUCCAGGAAUGGCUCCGAACAUUUCAGAGCUGGACUGGCCCAGAGAAGCUGCUGGCGCUGGAUGAGCUGAUUGACAGCUGUGAGCCCACACAAGUGAAGCAUAUGAUGCAGGUGAUCGAGCCGCAGUUUCAGCGAGACUUCAUCUCCCUGCUGCCCAAAGAACUGGCUUUAUACGUGCUGUCAUUCCUGGAACCGAAGGACCUCCUCCAAGCAGCACAGACGUGUCGCUACUGGCGCAUCCUUGCAGAAGACAACCUGCUGUGGAGGGAGAAAUGCAGGGAAGAGGGUAUCGAUGAGCCCCUUACCCUGAAGAAGAGAAAAAUUGUCAAGCCUGGCUUCACUCACAGCCCCUGGAAGAGUGCCUACAUCAGGCAGCACAGAAUAGACACUAACUGGAGGAGAGGGGACCUCAAAUCACCUAAGGUGCUCAAAGGCCACGAUGACCAUGUGAUCACCUGCCUCCAGUUCUGUGGCAAUCGCAUCGUCAGCGGCUCUGACGACAACACGCUGAAAGUCUGGUCAGCUAUCACAGGAAAGUGUCUGCGGACAUUGGUGGGCCACACAGGGGGCGUGUGGUCAUCCCAGAUGCGAGACAACAUUAUCAUCAGCGGCUCGACUGAUCGCACACUCAAGGUCUGGAACGCAGAGACGGGAGAAUGUAUCCACACCCUCUAUGGGCAUACCUCAACAGUGCGCUGCAUGCACCUACAUGAGAAAAGGGUGGUCAGUGGAUCUCGUGAUGCCACGCUGCGCGUCUGGGACAUUGAUUCAGGUCAGUGUUUACACGUCCUCAUGGGCCACGUGGCGGCAGUGCGCUGCGUCCAGUAUGACGGGCGACGGGUGGUCAGCGGUGCCUACGACUUCAUGGUGAAAGUUUGGGACCCCGAGAUGGAGACCUGCCUCCACACGCUGCAAGGCCACACAAACAGAGUGUACUCAUUACAGUUCGAUGGGAUCCACGUCGUGAGCGGCUCAUUGGAUACGUCUAUAAGGGUCUGGGACGUGGAGACGGGCAACUGCAUCCACACGCUAACGGGCCACCAGUCCCUCACCAGUGGCAUGGAGCUCAAAGACAACAUCCUGGUCUCAGGCAAUGCAGACUCCACCGUCAAGAUCUGGGAUAUCAAGACUGGCCAGUGCCUCCAAACACUGCAAGGUCCUCACAAGCACCAGAGCGCCGUGACGUGCCUCCAGUUCAACAAGAACUUUGUCAUCACCAGCUCGGACGAUGGCACGGUCAAACUGUGGGACUUGAAGACUGGUGAGUUCAUCCGUAACCUGGUGACUCUGGAAAGUGGCGGAAGCGGCGGUGUGGUGUGGCGCAUCCGGGCCUCCAACACCAAGCUGGUGUGCGCGGUUGGUAGCCGCAACGGCACAGAGGAGACCAAGCUGCUGGUCCUGGACUUUGACGUAGAUAUGAAGUGAGAGGGAGCGCGGUGGGGAAGGUCGAAGAGAGCGAACCGCACAGGAAGGAGUAGAGAGGGAAUGGGAGACGAGGAAACCUGGAAACUGGAGAGCCAACAUCCAAAUGCUAGAACCACAACCACCAACAGUGGGCUGUCCUGUCCUCUACCAUCAUCUUCCCACGUCCCCCCCCCCUGCUUUUUUGGGCAAAUGUUACUGACAAAGAGACACACCCUCACCUGUUCAGCCCCUGCUUUUGAGCCCCUUCCACCAGCACAAGGUGGAGCCUAAAGGGGGAUCGGGUUGGAAACGAGGCGAGGAGGGCGGAGCACGACUGGUCUGUCCCUUGAUUGGCUGUGAGAAAGAAGAGGAAGAGGGGAAAAAAAGAGGAACGGCCGAAAAUGACUGAACUCUUUUGAAGUGACUCUCAAUCCUUUCAGUUUGGGGGCAGCUUCACUCAGAGACUUAGUUUCGCUCAAGCCUGACAGAUUUUGACAUGUACAGAGAUAUAUUAUUUUUUAAAAG